CUUUCUCAUUUGGAUCCAGGCUCCAAUUCGGGAGUCUGGUAGCUGGAUCCCCUAGGAAGAGAAGUUCUCAAGCAGUAAGAAGAAAGCCUUUCAAUUUGGAACACUUCUUUGCAGCUGGAAAUGGGGAAUGGACUGUCAGACCAGACUUCGAUCCUGUCCAGCCUGCCUUCAUUUCAGUCCUUCCACAUUGUCAUUCUGGGUUUGGACUCUGCUGGAAAGACAACUGUGUUAUACAGGCUGCAGUUCACUGAAUUUGUAAAUACCGUACCUACCAAAGGAUUUAACACGGGAAAAAUUAAGGUAACCUUGGGAAAUUCUACAGUCACUUUUCACUUCUGGGAUGUAGGUCGUCAGGAGAAAUUAAGGCCACUGUGCAAGUCAUAUACCAGAUGCACAGAUGGCACUGUAUUUGUUGUGGACUCUGUUGAUGUUGAAAGGAUGGAAGAAGCCAAAACUGAACUUCAUAAAAUAACUAGGAUAUCAGAAAAUCAAGGAGUCCCUGUGCUUAUAGUUGCUAACAAACAAGACCUGAGGAACUCAUUGUCUCUCUCAGAAAUUGAGAAAUUGUUAGCAAUGAGUGAACUGAGCUCAUCAACUCCCUGGCAUUUGCAGCCCACCUGUGCAAUCAUAGGUGAUGGACUGAAGGAAGGACUUGAGAAACUACAUGAUAUGAUAAUUAAAAGAAGAAAAAUGUUGCAGCAGCAGAAAAAGAAAAGAUGAAUGGUGAUAACCUUUUAGGUCUGUGUGGAGUAGGUUUUCUGUGGUCUGAUUUUGACAAAUGGAAGAGUGUCUGCAGCCUGGUUUGCCUGCCUGCCCUCCUGGAUGCUGUUAAAGCUUUGUUUUGUUGAACAAUCAGAUGUCCAACUCUGUUGCCUUGUGGAAGAUGAGUAAAUGCAGUGCUUCUUAAAAUGGCCUCUUCUCCCUACCCCACAAAUCUUUUGGUACUACCA